UCCGAUGUCUUUGCGUAUUCCAUUGUGUGUUACGAAGUUUGGUUAAGAGCCGUUCCUUAUACUUCAUUCAAAUACAAAUGGGAAGUAUCUGCUUAUGUAGCUGCGGGAAAUCGUCUACCUAUUCCCAAAGACUUUCCAAGUGGAAUGGGAGAGUUAAUUGAGAAGUGUUGGGGACAAGACCCAUUAAACCGGCCGACAUUCAAAGAAAUAGCAGAUGAGAUGCAUGAAAUAUGGCUUCAACAGUAUUCGACUCAGAAAGGGAAUUUAAUAAAAAACACUAUUUGUAAAAUAGAGACUAGCGCAGAGAACCUACUCAACAACUAA